AUGGAGAAUGACGAUAAAAAAGAUGAAAGAAAAGAAGAUGAAGAAAAAGAUUCAAUCGACAAGAAUGACCAGGAUAAACCGUCUAUUGCGUACAUGGACUAUCGAAUAAGAUGGAUUCGCGACAGGGUAUUAAAGUUUCUCGGGAUGACUGAUCAGGAGCAUCUUUUCGACAAUCUUAUUAAUGCGAAUAAUCGGUACUUCGAGGACAAGCUACUUAACUUUCUUAUAUUAGAUUUAUACGGAGUGACGGAUCUGGAAAAAAAACUAAUUUUCUUCUACAAAACUUACGUCAGUGAAGUAUUUCAGGAGGAAAUUUCAGUAUGGGAAGAAAGUACGGCGAUUGUGACUUUAGGUCAGCGUGCAAAAAUAACAGCAUUGACAGCAUUUACCUCGAAAGGCAGAAGAUUAACAAAAAGCGCUCCUGGAAAAGUAGAAAAACAUGAUGAUGAUAAGAAGAAAAAGGAUAAGAAAUUAGCAAAAAAAGGUAAAAAAAGUAAAGCAGACAAUCAAGUUACUAGUCGCAUGGCAAUGAGUACCAGCACUCUGCAUUCUCCUAGUACACAAGCAUCCAGCGAAGAGGAGGAAGAGAAAGACGAAGACGAAGGAGAACAGAAUGGUAGCGGUGAUGUUUCUACUUAUUCUAGAAAAAAAGGAGAUUCGAGAAGUGCUCCUACAGAUAGUUCCGCGUUUACACCACCGCCUGGAGAAGAAGAUAAAUAUGUUCUGACUAAGAAAUUGGUGGAGAAAGUUUGUCAGGUACCGGCGCUGCACAUGAUCUGCGGCCAGAUAGAUAGUAACAGAACUGACCUACAGGACGUCACGUUCUUCUAUUUCAUGCGCACCAGCGAUGAAGGCAUACCUUCUUUCGAUACCUACGAAGAAUGCCUCGAUGAAAUCACGAAUUACGUGGUGGUCGGCUCGCUCAACAGCAGAUUCCUGGCCUCUUUGAAUAAUAUACUAGUUAAUGUUUUUAAACCAUUGGUGGAAAAUCAAUUCAGAGGACCGGAUUUUUGUGAGCCAUUACAGGUUGAGGAUGAAAAAGAGAGAAAAAGAAAGAAAGUGGACGGCGAAGCGAAAUCGGUGCUGAGACGACCAUCCGUUUUUAUGAGACCAUCUAUAUUAGUAUCCGCAAGAACAAAGAAGAACGAUGAAGAAACAAUCUCACAAGAGGAAAGUUUGAAAAGUAGGAGACGAAAACCCAGUGUGAGAAGUAAAAGAUCAGAUAUAUCUAUAUCGGAAUCGAGGACCAUCAGUUUGAAAGAAAUGAGAAAACAGCCAAUGAUCGAGCAAGCCAAGAAAGACAUUUUAGAUUAUCUCGACAAUAUGAUUAAAAGCGCAGAAUCGACGUUGGAGCAUGUCGAAGGCGAUAUCUUGCUGACGAUGCCAAAAAUUCCAGAACUCAACGAUCCUGCGAUAACAGAUGAUAUAUUGCUAAAGAAUAAAGAAAUCGUCGAACAAAUGGAAGAAGUAGUUAUGUCGUGGGAAAAACAUAUACAAAAGGUAAUGGAAUCAUACGUGAGCAAAAUGCCCCCAGGGAAAGGACCAAUAGCAGAAUACCAAUAUUGGCACGAUUGCGAGACCGGAUUAACAAUGUUGGUUGAACAGUUGAAAAUGCCCAUUGUUAAAAGAAUCCAUGCUCUUCUGGAACAGAUACUCUCACCAAUUGCUUCCAGUUUUCGAUAUUUCCAAACGGAAUUGUGGAAGCAUUAUGUCGAAGCUAGAGACAACAAUAAGUUUAUUCAAACUCUCAUGAGAUACUUCAAGUUGAUUAUCGAAUCGGAUUCGUUCGAAUCUAUAGAAGGAUGCAUACCUUCGUUGAUGGAGGGGCUGCGAAUGCUCUGGGUGUUAUCUAGUUAUUACUGCCGCGAGGAAAUGAUCCUACUAAUGGACCGGAUAUCGUGGCAACUUUGCGAAAACGUCAAGCACAAUCUAGCUAUCGUCUUACUGUUCAAGAAGCCCCUGGAAGAAAUUCUAAAAACAAGCGCAGCCAGCACGAUGCUGAAACAGUGGAAACGAUCGUACUUGAAGACCCGACUGGACAUCGAACUGUCAGGAAAGGGAGUUCGUUGGGAGUUCGAUCAGAAACGUCUCUUCCAGAACACGGAAUACAUCGCCGAGGUGUGCAGCGAUCUUUACAAGAUUGCAGACGUGCUCCAAGACUUCUACAACAUCUUCGGACCCGAUCUGAAAUCCAUCAUAAACGAUCCGGCGCAGAUCGACGCUGUGGUGAAGCGAGUGGACGCGCUUGUGGUGCCGAUCGAAGAGGCUGACUUCGACAUCUUCAAUGUAUUCAACAAGGAGAACUGGGAGGCCAUGACCGCAUGGUUCUACGAGCAGGUGACGUAUCUAGAAGACCAGGCCAAGUUCUACAUCGAUGAAUGCUUCACGGUGCUGAUCAGCGCCGAAAACGCGCUGGAGAUGUUGCUCAAGUUCAAAAAUUUAAAGACCCGUGUCGCGAUUCAACGCCAGCUGCUACGCAAAUUCAACGUGAUUAUGCAGCAGUUCAGCAAGGAGAUCAAUAUCGUGGAAAACAUAUAUCAUCGUGGCAAACGGCAUCCACCGUUGCUGACGUAUCAUCCACCUAUGGCGGGAGCAAUUUUCUGGGUGAGGCAGCUAUUCCAUAGAUUGCGUAGACCGGUGCUGAUCUUCCAACAAGUGCAGGAGUUGAAGCACAGCGAGUUGAAGAUUCUCGCGUUCAGCCAAUACUUCGAGCUCGCGAAGCAGCUGAAGGAAUUCGAGAAAACCAAGUUCAACACGUGGCUCGAGAAGGCGUUAUCGACAGUGACUGCCAUCAUGAAAAAGAGCGUAUUGAAGAUAGUACGCGUGGAAAAAGAUCCUCCGGCUAUUCUGACCUUCCCGGAUGAACAGCGAGCCACGAGGGACCUUCAACUGGCCCACCUAACAUCGAAGACGAAGAUUAAAAAUGCGAGUUCCAUUGUGUCGACUCCACGUGAAUCUCUACUGAAGUACGAUGGUGUCAUAAUAUCGAAGUCUAACGCGGAGAUCGAAAGUACGGGCUCUAAAAUUAUUUGUACGGCUCAGCCGCGUUUCCCGGAAGGAAAGACUGAUACCAGAAUACCCUCGUUGAAGGAUGCAGGCAAAAGCUCCUCCGUGUCCUCUGAUAGACACGACACCCGUGCGAAGAUCACCUGGGAGGAGUUCAUGAGCGGCGCUAUUCUGCUAGAGUGUCAGCUACGCUUUCAAGUCAACUUCGACUGGGAAGUGUUCGAGAUGAUCAGAGAAGCGGAACUGAUGGAACAACUGGGUUUCGAGUUGCCUGCGACCGUCAGAGACGUCGGCAUUCAAAAGAAUCGACUGAGAACGGACAUUGACGCCAUUAGAAAGAUGAUCGAUCAAUACAACAAUAUCCUGGAGACGUUGGAUAAAGCGGAUGUGCAGUUGCUGAAGCACACUCUGCAAGAUGUCGAGAAGCAUAUUCAGCCUGGUGUGACGCGAUUCAAUUGGAACUCCUUGAGCAUUUCGGAUUACGCUGCGAGUUGUAAUAGGAUAUUGAAGAACUUGAAUUCCAUCAUCAACCAAGUCGAACAGAUAAAGAAAGAACUUGACAAUCGAAUCAAUUCUGAGCUGCAAUCGUAUCAUCUGUUUUCUACGAAGAAGGAGAUCAUUGAAUCAGAGAGUCUCUUACCAUGCAAGACAUAUUUUAUGGAAAUAAAAAAUCGGAGGUCCGAGUUGGUUUCGUCGAUGUUAAAGGCUUAUCAGUCAAUCAGUCCGAUGCUUGUAAAACUGGAAAGCUUGGUAUUAGGUACUAACACCGGAAAAAGUCCAGCCAUGCAGCUCUUGUAUGAAAAAUAUGAGAAGAAAAUUUUUGCUGCCUUUAUAAUGUGUAUGGUAAGGAACAUGGAGGUUCUAAACAAAAUGUUAAACAGCACUAAACCAAUCUUCCAAGUAGACGCAAUAUUAAUAGCAUCUGAAGUAGUAUUACGCCCGUCACCCAAUGAAAUCUAUAACAUUAUUUGUCAAGACAUGCGAGAUCUACUGGAAAGAUUAAAAAAAUUCUCGAGAUGGAUGAACGGAACUUGCUUGGAGUGUAAGCCACAGAGAACAGAACUUUCGGAGGACUUGGUUCUUUUCAGUUUUUUCGAAGACGUGAUGAGUGUCCGAAUAAUUAAUGAACUUAUAAAAAUAGUUCAUGACACAGCGUACAGAAUUUCGACGGAUUGCUGGCGAUAUUUAUACAAAUGGAAGAAAUACAGUAUUUUGUGGUCGUUCGAUAAAAAUCUUGUUUGUGAGAAAUUCGCGGCGACACAACCCACUCUGGCACAAUACGACGAAAAAUUCACGUUUUACGAAGGCAUUCUGGAGGAACUCGAAGAUAUGUCGUCUUACUUCGACAUAAGCAGUGUACGGCUCAAUCUGACACCGCUCUUAUCAAACAUCGAGCGUCAAGCGAAGGAGUGGAAACAAGUUUUAGGAAAUUACCUUCUGUCCGACACCGUGGAGUCUAUGAAUCAAUUGAAAACUCAGAUCGAUACCUUCCGCAGCGAGAUCGAGCUGGUGGUGGCUGGAUUGGAUCGUUUCAUGUCGAUCAUGCAGGCUAUCACCGACGUGAGAAAUAUGGCGAUCAAAGCUGAAGUGCAAUACCUCUCUUAUCAGGAAUGUUUUCGAACAAUGCGCAUCCACGCAAUUACGUUCCCUCCAUCGGACGAAGCAAUGGCGUACGAAUUACAACGCAAAUGGGAAUCCUUAUAUCUCGGGGCGUUUUAUAGAGCUUCGACUCUGGAGAGCACCGUCGAAAAAUUUGCCGAGAUGAUCGAGGAUCAAAUCCAGCAGUUCUUGGAAGAAACUGUGAAAUUUGCUCAAGAUUUUGAGGCGCAUGGUCCCGGAAGCACCGGGGAUGAUCUGGAGCUGGGACUGAUGAAAAUGGACGAAUAUGGCAAAUUGAUCAACAAACACGAGGAAAAACGCUUAAGCCUAAUAAAGUAUGAAGAUCAGUUUGAUUUACCGUCCACCGAUUACUCAGCUUUACUGAAAGUCAAGACAGAUUACGAAAGCAUGGAGAUGUUGUAUAAUCUCUACACAGAACAAAGAAACGCGCGAGAAAUCUGGGCGAAGACUCUCUGGGUGAACUUGAAUCCCCAGCAGCUCAUCGAGGGAAUGGAACACUUUUUAAGAGAGUUUCGACGACUGCCGAAAUCCGUCAGGGAUAUAAACGUCGGUCAUGCCUUGCACGCCAAUAUGAGAAACUUCAAAAAUUCAGUGCCACUCUUCAUCGAGCUGAAAAAUGAGGCUAUGCGUGAAAGACACUGGCAAGAGCUGAUGAAAAGAACCGGACAAUAUUUUGAUAUGGACCCGGACAGAUUUACCUUAGAAAAUAUGUUCGCUAUGGAAUUAGGAAAGUACCAAGACAUCGCGCAAGAUAUUGUGAUGAAUGCCGUGAAGGAGCUUGCGAUAGAGAGAGGCGUGAAAGAAUUAGCGGAAGUAUGGAAGUCUAUGGAAUUCAACGUCUUAAAACAUUAUAAAGGUACGGAAGAUCGUGGCUUUAUUCUUGGACCACUCGACGAAUUGAAUCUGGUACUCGAGGACAACAUGCUGACCGUGCACAGCAUGGCGGCUUCGCAAUUUAUUGGACCGUUCCUCAACGUCGUUCAGAAAUGGGAACACACGAUGCAUACGAUCUCCGAAGUUCUGGAGGUGUGGGUGGAACUGCAGCGAAAGUGGUUAUAUCUCGAGGGCAUCUUCGUGGGCGGCGACAUCCGGCUUCAGUUACCGGAUGAAACGAAAAGAUUUGACGACAUCGACCAAGCUUUCAAGAAAGUCAUGACCGACACCUCGAAGAGACGCAAUGUUUUAGAAUGUUGCAUUAUUUAUGGUCGAAAAGAUGAAUUCGAAGCCAUGAUAGCGGCCCUCGACAAGUGUCAAAAAUCUCUCACAGAAUAUCUGCGUAAUAAACGCCUUAUAUUCCCGAGGUUCAACUUUAUUAGCGACGAUGAGCUGCUGAGCAUUCUCGGUAGCAGUAAUCCCGCUAUCAUCCAGGAGCACGUUGGAAAGAUAUUCGAUAAUCUUGAUAAGUUUAAACUGGUAGCUGAUAGCGGAGAUAGACUGAUAGCGACGGCUCUUAUAUCUUGCGAAAGGGAAAUUAUGGAAUUUAGGAAUCCCGUAUCCACGGAAGAUAAAAUUGAAAUCUGGAUGGUUCUUGCUCUCGAAGAGAUGAAAAGAUCGAAUCGAUACUUGACGAAGAAAGCGGUCUACAAUUACGGCAAGGUACGAAGACCGAGAACGGAGUGGAUACUUGAGUUUCAAGGUAUGAUGAUUCUCACGGCUAAUCAGAUAUGGUGGACCGCAGAGGUCGAGAAUCUUUUCGAUAAAAUAUCUCAAGGAGAUAAACGGGCCAUGAAGGAGUAUCUACAACAACUGAACAAUCAACUAAACGAAGUGGUGACAAUGAUGGGCAGCGAUACGCUUACAAACAACGAUAGGAAAAAGAUCGACAUGAUUUUAACCAUCGACGUGCACAUUCGUGAUAUUAUUGAGACCUUUGUUAGGGACAGCAUUACAGAUCCUACAGAAUUUGAAUGGGAAAGCCAAUUAAGAUUUUACUGGGUUCAUGAUCUGGACAAUAUAUGGAUGAACCAAUGCACAGGCACUUUCGAAUAUGGUUACGAGUACAUGGGUCUUAAUGGCAGAUUGGUCAUUACGCCUCUGACAGACAGAAUAUAUCUCACGAUCACGCAAGCCCUUUCAAUGCAUUUAGGCGGUCCUGCUGGAACCGGCAAGACUGAGACAGUGAAGGAUUUAGCGAAAGCUUUGGGUCUCUUAUGCGUUGUCACUAAUUGCGGAGAAGGGAUGGAUUACAUCGCGAUCGGGAAGACUCUCGGUGGUCUGGCUCAAUGUGGAGCAUGGGGUUGCUUCGACGAAUUCAACCGUAUCGAUACCUCCGUUCUCUCGGUUAUCUCGACUCAAUUGCAAACUAUACGCUCGGCCCUACAAGUUAAAGCUCGAAGAUUUACGUUCGAGGGCCAAGAUAUCGUGCUGGACUCGAAAGUUGGAAUUUUCAUCACCAUGAAUCCAGGAUAUGCCGGUCGUACAGAGCUACCGGAGUCCGUCAAAGCCCUUUUCAGACCAGUGGUCUGUAUAGUGCCGGACAACGAGCUGAUCUGUCAGAUCAAGCUCUUCAGCGCCGGUUUUUUGACAGGGAAACAGCUCGCGAAGAAAAUGACGGUUCUUUAUAAGCUCGCGAGCGAGAAGCUGAGCAAACAAACGCAUUACGACUUUGGCUUGAGGGCUCUCAAGUCCGUCCUUAAUAUGGCCGGCCAACUGAAAAGAACUUCCGGUGUUUUGCCCGAGAACGUCAUACUGAUGAGAGCCCUCAGAGACAUGAAUUUGCCCAAGUUCGUAUACGAUGACGUGCCGCUCUUUUUGGGACUGAUUAAGGAUCUCUUUCCGGACAUAGAUUGUCCUAGAGUGCAUUAUCCGGAUUUUAACGAGGCGGUUGAGACGGUACUGAAAGAGCACGGAUACAUCGUCUUACCUGAACAAGUUGACAAAGUUAUUCAAUUAUACGAAGUGAUGAUGACCAGACAUUCGACGAUGCUCAUCGGCCCUACUGGCGGCGGUAAGACGGUAAUAAUCGAAACGCUAUGCAGAGCACAGACAUAUCUCGGUAAACCUACGAAACUGCACAUUCUCAAUCCCAAGGCUUGCACCGUCAUUGAAUUGUAUGGAAUGUUAGAGCCUAUAACGCGUGAUUGGACGGACGGUCUCUUAAGUAGUAUCUUUCGUGAAAUCAACCGACCCUUAGAUUCCGGCAAGGACGAACGCAAAUACAUACUCUUCGACGGCGACGUCGAUGCACUGUGGGUCGAAAACAUGAACUCGGUUAUGGAUGACAACAAGCUGCUAACUUUGGCUAAUCAAGAGAGAAUCAAACUGCAGAAUCAUUGCAGUUUGCUUUUCGAGGUAGGUGACUUGCAAUACGCUUCACCUGCAACCGUGUCGAGAGCAGGUAUGGUUUACGUUGACCCAAAGAACCUAGGCUAUCAGCCAUACAUGGACAAGUGGAUACAAGCCAAGAGCAAAACAGACCAAGAUUUUUUGCGCGGAAUGUGCGAGAAAUACGUGCACGGCUCGCUCAAACUAAUUGUCAGAGGAAUGUUAGGCCUUCAAACGGUGGAACCGCUUCGGAUGAUUAUACCACAAACUGACCUCAAUAUGGUAAUUCAAUUCUGCUACACGUUUGACGGCUUGUUGUCAUUAAAAGAUGAAUCGGCGGAUAAGAAAUCCACGGAAAUAACUCAAGAGGAAAAAGAUAGAUCACUGGUGUUCAAAGAGCAACUCCUCGAGGCAAUAUACAUUCAAGCAUGCUAUUGGUCAUUCGGUGCAUCUAUCGUAGACAACGCGCGUCCCAAAUUCGAUGAAUACAUGAAGAAGAUUUCUGGAUUUGUACUAGUUCAAGAUACACCCGACAAACUGGCAACCACUAGAAAUAUACCCAUAUCAUUUCCAACUCUGUACGAUUAUGUGUUGGAUGUCAAGAAAAAAGUUUGGAUGGCAUGGAAAUGGUUGAUACCGAUAUACUUUCAUGAUAGAGAAAAAUAUUUUUCGGAUAUCCUGGUGCAAACGAUUGACACUCUGCGUACCACGUGGUUCGUGAAUCUGAUGAGCAAUUUGCAGAGACCGGUAUUAUUAGUCGGAGAAAUUGGCACCUCGAAGACGGCCAUCAUUCAUGAGUUUCUGAGAAACUUGAACCCCGAGAAAUACGAGCAACUUCUAAUUAAUUUCUCGUCAAGAACCACUUCGAUGGAUGUGCAGAAAAAUAUCGAAUCGACAGUGGAGAGAAGAUCGAGAGAAAUAUUCGGACCACCGCCCGGAAAAAAAUUAAUCGUCUUCAUCGACGACAUGAACAUUCCAAUCGUGGACACUUACGGAACCCAACAACCCAUCGCGCUCCUUAAACUUUUGUUCGAAAGAGGUGGCUUUUACGAUCGCGGACGCGAUCUGAAUUGGAAGUAUAUGAAAGACAUUUAUUAUUUAGCUGCUAUGGGAGAACCCGGUGGUGGCAGGAACGAAGUCGAUCCGCGAUUUAUCUCGAUGUUCUCAGUUUAUAAUGUGACUUUUCCAUCGAGUGAGACUCUCAAUUAUAUUUACACGAGUAUUUUGUCCGGCCAUCUGCAAACAUUUUCCGAGGAAGUUCAAUCUAUCGCAAACGGACUCGUACAAAUGAUGUUGGAACUUUACGAGACAGUUAGGAAGACGUUACUACCGACGCCGUCCAAGUUCCACUACAUCUUCAACAUGCGCGAUCUCUCGAGGAUCACGGCUGGACUUCUUCAGAGUCAUUCUAACUUCUAUCCAGGCGUAAAACAAUUCGUUAGACUCUGGAGAAACGAAGUUACCAGAGUCAUGUGCGAUCGUCUAAUUAGCGCGCAAGACGAGAAUUUCGUCAUCAAGCAGCUGAAGGAGAAGAUACAGAAUUAUUGGGAAUUAGAACCAGAAGUGAUCCAGUACAGCUUACGAGACCCGAUGCUUUACGGUGAUUUUAGAAACAACGAGGACGAGGCUAGAUUUUACGAGGAUCUGUUGGACUACGAGGCGGUUUACAGCUUGUUCUUGGAAAUUUUUGAUAAGUACAACGAGAGGACCAGAACCAAGCUGAAUAUGGUCCUCUUUAAUGACGCGCUCGAGCACCUCACCAGGGUGCAUCGUGCACUUCGAAUGCAUCGAGGGCAUGUGUUGGUCGUCGGCAUCGGUGGCAGCGGUAAGAAAUCUGUGAUAAAGCUAGCGUCCUUCGCUGCCGGGUAUCAGUUCUUCGAGAUCGUCCUGAGUCGCGGUUACAACGAGGCAUUCUUCCGUGAAGACAUGAAGAGACUGUACAACAUAAUAGGCGUGGAAAAUCAAAAAGUCGUCUUUAUGUUCACGUCCGCCCACAUCAAGAGUGAGAGCUUCCUCGAACUGGUGAACAACAUGCUGACGUCGGGUUCCGUGCCGACUCUCUUCAACGACGAAGAGAGGGAUGCGAUUGUCGUUUCCUGCAGAGACGCGGCUGUUAACGCGGGCUUCGAUAUCGCAAAGAAGAGCGUCUGGUCGUACUUUAUUAAGACGUGCACCGCGAAUUUGCGAAUAGCGCUGGCGAUGAAUCCAUCGGGCGACGCUUUGCGAACGCGAUGCCGCAAUUAUCCGGGUCUGAUCAACAACACUACCGUGGAUUGGAUGUUUCCGUGGCCGGAACAGGCCUUGGUCGCUGUGGCGAACGUUCUUCUCAGAGACAAUCCGAUCGUGCCGCAGGAACACAGGGAGAUGAUCGUAGAUCACAUCGUGUACGUGCACACGUCCAUGUUGCAAUACACGGUGGACUUCGCGACGAAGCUGAAGAGACGGAACUACGUCACGCCGAGACAUUUUCUGGAUUUCAUCAACACUUACUUGAAGUUACUCACGGAGAAGAAGAACUUUAUAAAUUCUCACCGCGCGCGUCUUUCCGGAGGAUUGCAAAAAAUCGCAGAGGCUUCAGGGACUCUGAUCGAACUGAACGAAGUUCUAGCUAAGCAAAGGCUCAAAGUGGCCGAUCAGACGAAGAAUUGUGAACAACUGCUCGCGUCCAUCGGCGAAAGCACGGAUAUCACGAUGGAGAAGAAGAGUCUGAGAGAGGUGAAAAGGAAGGAAAUCGAGGACAAGAAGAAGAUCAUUGCUAAGGAGGAAGCGGAAGCCAAGCAGGCAUUAGCGGAGGCUAAACCGGCUCUCGACUCGGCCAGACGCGCACUGGGCGAACUCCAUAAAGCCGACAUCACGGAAAUCAGAUCCUUCGCGACUCCGCCCGAGCCGGUGCAGAUCGUUUCGGAAUGCGUCGCGAUGCUUCGUGGCAUGAAGGAUGUGUCCUGGAAAGGCGCGAAAGGGAUGAUGAGCGAUCCGGGAUUCGUCAGGGCCUUGCAGGACAUGAACUGCGAUCAGUUCAGUCCGAAGCAACAGCAAGCCGUACGAACGCACUUGAAGAAGACGGACAAGCUGGAUCAAAUGCAGGCCAUCAGCAAAGCGGGAUUCGGCCUCUAUAAAUUUGUCCUCGCCGUUUUGGAUUACUGCACCGUUUACAGAGAGGUAAAACCGAAGAUAGAUAGAGUCCAGGCACUCGAAACAGAGUCUGAGAAAGCUAGACGCGCCUUAGAAAAGCAAGAACGAGAGUUAAAGCGACUGGAAAAAACGAUCGAGGAAUUAAAUGAGAAAUAUGCGGUAGCGAUAACCGAACGACAGGAAUUACAAGAUGAAACAGACUUGCUGCAACGACGUUUGUUGGCCGCCGAUAAACUCAUCUCCGGAAUGUCAUCCGAGAACGAACGUUGGCAAAAAGAUCUAGCGAUUCUGCACGACGAUGUAGAGAAGAUCACGGGAAAUUGCUUGUUCGGAGCGGCGUUCCUCGCCUACAGCGGUCCAUUUUCCUACGAAUUCAGAAAUGAAAUGUACAGCGAUUGGCAGAGCAGCAUCCUGGAGCGAGAUCUACCUAUGUCAAAGCCCUUUAAACUCGAGACUCAAUUAAGCGACGACGUUGAAAUCAGCACAUGGAACUCGGAAGGUCUCCCACCGGAUGAGCUAUCCGUGCAAAAUGGCAUAUUGACUAUGAAAGCAUCCAGAUUUCCGCUUUGCAUCGAUCCGCAACAACAAGCGCUAAAUUGGAUCAAGAAGAGAGAGGAGAAGAAGAAUCUAAAGAUUUUGUCCUUCACGGACGCAGAUUUCUUGAAACAAAUGGAAUUGGCGAUCCAAUAUGGUUUUCCGGUACUUCUUCAGGAUGUCGACGAGAUCGAUCCUAUCUUGGAUAACGUUUUAUCAAGAAACAUUCAAGUCGCUGAAGGACGAACUUUUGUCAUUCUCGGUGAUAAAGAGAUAGAUUAUGAUCCAAGAUUUCAUAUAUAUUUGACAACCAAAAUGACCAAUCCUAUGCUGGAUCCCGCCAUGUAUGCUAAAGCAGUUGUUAUCAAUUAUAUGGUCACCACAGCCGGUUUGGAGAACCAACUUUUAUCAGUCGUCGUGAGAAUCGAAAGACCGGACAUCGAGGAGCAACGAGAGACGUUGAUCCUGGAAACGAGCGAGAACAAGAAUUUGUUGCAACAACUGGAAGACAGUCUUCUGCGCGAAAUCGCGACGAAUCAGGGUAACAUGCUGGACAACAUUGAUUUGAUCGAGACUCUGGAGAACAUCAAGGCUAGAGUCAGCGAGGUGAUGACGAAGCUAUUCCUCGCGGAGGUCACCUCGGCGGACAUAGAUAAACUUCGGGAAGGCUAUCGUCCGGUGGCGGAACGAGGCGCUAUCCUGUUCUCCGUGUUAGCCGAUAUGGCUACCGUCAACUCGAUGUAUCAGUAUUCUCUGAUCAGCUACGUCGAGGUGUUUAUCCACUCGCUGAAGAGAUCGCUGCCGGAUCCGAUGCUCGCCAAACGACUCCAGAACAUCAUUCCGACGUUGACGAAGAACGUCUAUGAUUACGGCUGCACCGGCAUUUUCGAGCGACACAAAUUACUCUUCUCCCUGCAAAUUUGCAUGAGAAUAGAAAGAAGUGUGGACAACGUCAAUCAGAAGCAGCUGGAGUUCUUCAUCAAGGGUAGCAUGGCCUUGGGAAAAUCGCCACAAUUGAAUCCCACCAGAUGGUUGCCGCAAUCGGGCUGGGAGGAUAUUCUCAAGCUGGCGAGCGAUUUUCCGGAUAAAUUCCAACAACUUCCAGAAGAGCUGCGAGAUUGCGAGGAUGAAUGGAAACAGUGGAACGACUCAGAUAUGCCGGAAUCGGACGAACUUCCAUGCGACUAUAACACACGAUUGACACCCUUUGAGAAACUGAUGCUGAUGCGCUGCUUCCGUGUGGAUCGCGUUUAUCGCAGCAUCAUUAAUUACAUUACCGACAUCAUGGGUGAGCAGUAUAUAACGCCGCCUCACGUGAGCUUUGAUAUGAUUUUCGAGGAGAGUACACCCACCAUGCCCGUGGUCUUCCUAUUGAGUCCAGGAUCAGAUCCCACUUCGGAGCUGAUGAAGCUGGCCGAUCGAUACGGCUGUGGCGGAGGAAAGUUUAGAUAUCUCUCGCUCGGUCAAAGUCAAGACAAGAUUGCGAUGGAAUUAUUGGAUAUAGCGAUGACGAGAGGUCAGUGGCUGAUGUUCCAGAACUGUCAUCUACUAUUGUCCUUUACCAAAAAUUUAGAAAAGAUUGUGGAAAAUAUAGGAAAGCCUCAUCCUGACUUCCGCUUAUGGCUCACCACGGAACCGAUUCCUAAUUUUCCAAUCGGAAUACUGCAACAAUCACUGAAAGUGGUAAUGGAACCACCGAGCGGCUUGAAACUAAAUUUGCAAAACACAUACUUCAACAUGCGACCACAGGUUUUGGAAAGUUGUUCUCAUCCCGUUUACAAGCACUUAAUUUACGUUCUAGUCUUUUAUCACGCGGUUAUCCAGGAGAGAAGAAGAUACGGCAAAAUUGGAUGGAACAUAAAAUACGAUUUCAACGAAUCAGAUUUUAAUGUGUGUACUACCAUUCUGAGUACUUAUUUGACAAAAGCUUUAGCAUCAAAGGAGUCUACUGUACCUUGGAACAGCCUCAAGUAUCUAAUUGGAGAGGUGAUGUACGGCGGAAGAGUGAUGGACAGCUACGAUCGUCGCGUUUCUUACACCUAUAUGAACGAAUAUUUCGGUGAUUUUCUGUUCGACGAGUUUCAACCGUUUCACUUUUAUAAGGAUACCGUCGACUACGUGAUACCACCAGAAGGAAAUCGCGACGAUUAUCUGCAAUUUAUCGAGGAACUUCCUCUCGUGAACACUCCGGAAGUGUUUGGAUUGCAUCCGAAUGCCGAGAUUGGAUACUUUACGCAAACGGUCAAGAGAAUAUGGAAACAUCUCAUUGAACUUCAGCCACAAACCGCGGUGAGUGUCACCGGUGUCAGCAAGGAUGAAUUCAUCGAUAACAUAGCGAAAGAGAUCUCGACCAAAAUACCCGCGCCAUAUGAUAUUAACAAGGUCAAGAGAAAUUUUGGCGUGGCCGUGACACCGACUGCAAUUGUCUUAUUUCAAGAAUUGGAAAGAUUCAAUAAAUUAACGGAAACGAUAACGAGGACAUUAAACCAACUGAGAAAGGCCAUCGCCGGCGAAAUCGGAAUGGACGAGACGCUGGAAAACAUUUCUGUGGCUCUUUAUAACGGUAUUCUGCCCAAAGAAUGGGCGAAAUUCGCACCGGACACACGAAAGAAUCUUGCCGGUUGGAUGAAUCAUUUUCAAAGAAGAAUAGACCAAUACACUAAUUGGUCCGGAGCGAACGAGCCCGUGGUACUGUGGUUGUCUGGAUUGCACGUGCCGGAAACUUACGUGGCAGCUUUAAUUCAGAUAGCUUGUCGUAAGAACAAUUGGCCCCUCGAUCGUUCUGUCAUUUACACAACGGUGUCGAAGUUCUCCAAGCCUGACGAUGUAGAAGAAAGACCCGAUCAGGGCUGUUACGUGUACGGAUUAUAUUUGGAAGGCGCCAGAUGGGAUGUCGAGGAGCAUCGUUUAAAAAGAUCGCAUCCGAAAGUUUUAAUAGAGGAGCUACCAAUAUUAACAAUUAUACCUACUGAAAUCCAUAGACUGAAAUUACAGAAUACGUUUAAAACUCCCGUAUAUACUACAUUGAACCGACGAAAUGCUCUCGAUGUUGGUUUGGUUUUCGAGGCAGAUUUGGCGACUCCGGAACAUAUUUCACACUGGGUACUUCAGGGUGUUUGUCUUGUGUUAAAUACGGAUUAAAAAUUCGUACUCGAAAUCGACGCUCGAACUAUUGUAUUUUUCAAUAUAUUUAUUAUGUAUUAAUAUCGUGUUAAUUAAUAUAUUAGAGAACUAGUCGUAGUAUA